AUGCAGCGCGUGGCUCUUCUCGCCCUCAUGGGCCAGGUGGCUUUGGGCCAGUUGUUCACCAACGGCACCACAACCAGAACCAGCACCACCUCCAGCUUGACCACCAGUGUCACCACAACCGCUCCUGUCAUCACAAGCGAGGAGCCCACUGAGUCCGAGACUGUCAUUGACUUCCCACCUGACAUGUCAACGGAGUCCACCGCCCAGCCCAGCUCAACUGCCUCCCCCAACCCUUACAAUGUUGGCGGAUACUUCCUCCAGGGCUGCUAUGGUUCUCCUUCUAGCUUCCCUACCUUUGAGCUUGUGCUUUCCGCUGAGUCCAUGACCAUUGACCGUUGCAUCGCCAAGUGCGCCCCCGCCAACAAGAACUACGCCGGCCUCUUCGGAUCUGACUGCUUCUGCGGUAACUUCAUCGACGAUGUCAACGAGGUCCUCGUCCCCGAGGAGCAGUGCAACAUCCAGUGCCCUGGCAACCCCAGACAGCGCUGCGGUGGCCGCAACCAGUCCCCUGCCCUCAAGAAGCGCCAGGUCAACCCUCUGCCCCCCGUCUUCCCCGCCUCCAACCGCUUCACCAUCUACAGACGCGACGGUGCCACCAACGGCAACAACGGUACCAUCACCACCACCGUCACCGUCACCACUGGAGCCGGCGGACUUGGCGUCAUCACCACUGCCUUCUGCCCCUCUUGCCCCGACUGCAAGGGUCCCUGGUGCUACAGCCGUCCCAACACUGGCUGCUUCGGCGGCGACUGCUACAAGAAGCUCGUCUGCUACGGAGACUGGUGCUCUUGGGACUUCCCCUGCUACGGCGACUCCUGUGGCCGCCGUCUCGUGUGGGUUGACGGACACUGGAGGCCCGAGGUCUGCCACGGCGAGGAGUGCGGCCGCAAGGUCAUCUGCAGCAACGGUGUCUGCCAGUACUCUCAGUGCAACAGCGGCUGCAACAAGGAGAAGAUUGUCUGCUACGGCAACGUCUGCCAGGUCGAGAACUGCGGCACCAACGAGUGCAACAAGAAGCUUGUCUGCCAGGACGGCUCCUGCCAGCACCAGACCUGCCCCUACCAGGAGAUCAACAACAAGUACACCUGCACCGGCUCCGCGUGCCAGAUCGUCAAGCCUUGCACCACUUGCACUCCCGCUCCUCCUUGCACUGGUGACAAGUGCAACAUCGUCAUCGCCCCUCCCCCCGUCACCCAGACCGCUUGCGUCGGUGACAAGUGCAACGUCGUCGUUGUCACUCCCACCCCCAUCACCCAGACCCCCUACGUCCCUGCUGUCCCCACACAGCCCGCGAUGCCCCCUGCCCAGCCUACCCUCCCCCCCGGUGCCGGUGGCGCUCCCGGCGGCGUUCCCGGCGGCGUUCCCGGCGGUGUCCCCAGCGGUGGUCUCCCUGGCAACGGUGGAAAGACCGUCGUCACUGCCGGCUCCGGCAAGUCGGUCGCCAGCUUCGGCGCCCUUGCUUUCAGCAUCAUUGCCGGUGUUGCUUUCCUCCUGUGA